AUGAAACGAAAACCCAGUCUUCGAAUGGUAACCGUGGCUUUAAUAGUAUCACUAGGUGGUUCAUUUCAUUUUGGUUACCAACUGGUAAUCACGAAUCCUGCUCAGAGUGCCUUUAUGCGAUUUCUCAAUGAAUCUCUUCAGUCUGAGCUCCAUAUUGAUGCCAGUGAUUCGGCGCUAAAUCAAAUCUGGAGUUUGAUUGUCGCUAUAUUGUUUAUUGGUGCCCUUGCUGGUUCCUUCUCGAUUCGUCUUAUUGCCGAUCGAAUCGGUCGGAAACAGGGGCUUUAUGUAUCGAUGGUAAUUGCUUGUAUCUCUGCAGGACUCUCAGCAGGGUCUAAAUUUUGUAAUAAUGUACACAGUUUUUCACGAGUGAACGAUGGGUUCCCUUUUUUCACGUUCAGUUUGGAGUUUGGUUUGGCAGCUUUAUUUCUCUCUGAAUCAAGCCCUAAAGAAUGCCGUGGUGCAAUAGGAAUGAUAACUGGUACAUGUGUGCAAUUUGGUACCGUUGUUGGCUCAAUUUUAGCAAUGCCACAAAUUUUAGGUACCUUUAGUCUUUGGCCAUAUAUUUAUAUUAGCGAAAUUGGAAUGAUACUGGUAUUUGCAGUAUUCCUCCCGUUUCUUCCAGAAACGCCAGGGUAA